AUGCCUCCGAGACUCAAUCUGCUUCCAGCUUCGCGAUCGCUUGCCCUCCGCCCGAGGCCCGCUGCUCCUCAAUGGCGCGCCGGCCAGAUUGGUGCCGCCCCGCGCGCUAUCAGAAGAUGUUACGCCGACGACGCAUCGAAGAAAGAUCUACCUGAGGCGCAGAACAACAAGGGACCAAACACCGACACCCUACCUCACGUCACCGAAGAAGCGGCGGCUAUGGCAAAGAUGCGAAAGAUGCCUCCCCCGGAGGUGGAACAAGGAACCCCGGUCGACGAGUACGUGAAAAACGAUAAGGAAGCGCAGAAGCACCUCCCAAAGGUCAUGCGGGACAGCCUCAAGAACUCGUCGGGAGCGAAGGGCAGCCGCUCUUAUUCGACUUCCGCCGUCCGCCGCCAGGAACAGACGGCCGUCGCUUCGGGGCCGGUCACAACACCAAUGACAGCUGAGGGUGUAAAGUUUGGCCUGGUGCCUUUUCCCAUGCCCGCGGAGAACAGACUCAAGAGUCGCUAUGACCCGGUCGUCGAGCAGGUGACGAACCUCCUCAUGGAGCAUGGCAAGAAGAGCGUCGCGCAGCGCAACAUGGCGCUCGUCCUCAACCACCUCCGCACCGCGCCGCCGCCGACCAUCAACCCGCAGCGGCCCCUCCUCCCCGGCGCGCCGCCGCCGUCCCACCUCCCCCUCAACCCCGUCCUCUACCUCACCCUCGCCAUCGACUCGAUCGCCCCGCUCAUGCGCAUCCGCGCCCAGCGCGGCGCCGCCGGCGGCGGCGUCGCGCUGCAGAUCCCCGUGCCGCUGGGCCUGCGGCAGCGGAGGCGCAAGGCCGUCGAGUGGAUCCUCGAGUCGGCGACGAAGCGGCGGAACGCGGGCAGCGGCAAGGGUGGCUUCGCCAUGCGCUUCGCCAGCGAGCUGAUCGCCGUGGUGCAGGGCACGAGUUCGGUGUGGAUGAAGCGGGAUGGCGUGCACAAGGUUGCGACCCUUUCGAGAGCGAAUUUGGCUGUUAAGCCCAAGUUCAGGAGAUGA